AUGGCCAACACAUCACCGCUCCUCCUCGCUCUCCUCCUCCCCCUGCUGCCCAUCGUGGCGCGCGGCGCCGAUCCCAACGCCACCGAGGAAUUCCUCUCCCCACACAACGCGGCGCGCGCGGCGGUGGGCGUGCCGCCGCUCCUGUGGAGCCCCAACCUCACCGCGGAGGCCGAUCGCCUGGCGCGGCGCCAGGUGAACUGCACGCUCGCCGAGCUGAGCGGCGGCGCCGCCUAUGGGGUUAACCAGGCGUGGGCGAGCUACCGCGCUACGCCCGCGGAGGUGGUGGCGCUGUGGGUCAGCGAGCAGGCGUACUACAACCACACCGCCAACAGCUGCUCGGCCGGGCACGAGUGCGGGACCUUCACGCAGGUGGUAUGGCGCCGCUCGGAGGAGCUCGGCUGCGCACAGAACCUCUGCGGCGGCGCCGACGCCGGCCCGGUGUUCACCAUCUGCUUGUACCACCCACCCGGCAACUUCCUGGGCCAGCGGCCCUACUAG